UAAUAGGAGGAGAAAACACGAUCCUCUUGUUGGGAUGGCACGUCGAAAAUAAAGAUGAAGGGAUAAGGUCGAUUGAAGUUGAAUUGGAACUAUAACAGUAUGAAGCCAUGAAAUUGAAAACAGUUCCAUCAUCUUGUUCGUUUGCAGUUGCAUUGAUUUCCCACUCUGAUUCCAAUCACAAUUCUACUCAUACUCAUGCCCACAGUAUCAUAGUCGCCAAAAGCAAGAAGCAGCAUCACACUCAGGGUUCCCAACCAACUCCUCCAAGAAUUACAUCAAAUGUGAAGCAAAACCUCCAAUUCCUGAAGCUAUGGAAGGAUUUCCAAAAACGAAACUCUAGCACUCCUAGGCCUUCAACCAGAUACCGCAAAAAGAAGGUGGAAAAGGAUGAUGUUGUAGAUGACCACACCGACCUGUAUCGUGAUCCCACCACCUCCCUCUACUAUACACACCAACAGGGUAUAAUAGACAAUGCGGUCCCCGUGUUGCUUGUUGAUGGCUAUAAUGUCUGUGGCUAUUGGAUGAAGCUCAAGAAACAUUUUAUGAAUGGGAGACUUGAUAUUGCUCGCCAAAAGCUUAUUGAUGAGCUUGUAACCUUUAGUGUGCUUAGAGAGGUGAAAGUGGUUGCUGUAUUUGAUGCAAUGAUGUCGGGACUCCCCACUCACAAGGAAGAUUUUGCUGGGGUUGACAUCAUUUUCUCAGCCGAAACUUGUGCUGAUACAUGGAUUGAAAAAGAGGUUGCAGCUUUAAAAGAGGAUGGAUGCCCCAAAGUCUGGGUUGUCUCUUCUGAUCACUGUCACCAGCAUGCAGCACAUGGAGCAGGAGCCUUCGUUUGGAGUUGCAAGGCAUUGGUUACUGAGAUCAAGGCGUCACAAAAAGAGGUUGAAAGGAUGCUUCAAGAGCAAAGAUCCACAUCUUUUCAAGGUAGAUUAUUGAAGCACAAUCUUGAUGCUGAAGUAGUGGAUGCUCUGAAGAAUCUGAGGCAAAAGCUAUCUGAAAAUGAGUUGAAGUAGAGUAUCAGUUUAAAAUUCUAGUCAGAGACUUUAGUUUGACAGACCAAAAACUUCAGAAAUCAUCUAGACAUUGCGAAGGACGUGCUUGAUAGCCAACAAUUCAGUGCUCAUCUUGAAAUUCCGUACAAACCCAAAAAUGACAACUAACCCAGUUAACACCUAUUCACGACCAUUUGUUUUUCUGCAUGUUGAAUAGCUCCACUUUGUGAUUUACUUUAAUUUGUGUAAAGUAAGAGAACCAGUGUACUUAAGUGUAAUACAAUAUUUUUUUUUGUUUCUCUUAUAUCUAUGUAUAAUGAGUUUGCAUUUUUCUCGUAAUUUUU